GAUGCUGCUCCACCGGGUGGUGCUCCAGGUGGUCCUCCAGAUGCUGCUCCACCGGGUGGUGGUGCUACUCCACCUGCUGGACCAGGUAAAGUUCCAGGUGGUAAGGUACCUGGUCCUCCCGCUGGAGAACCGGGUGGUAAGGUACCGUCUAAUGAACCAACAGCGCCACUUCCACCUGGUGAUGGUAAAAUACCGAGUACUUCAUCAGGUAAUCCUUCAUCUGGUACAGAUAAUCCUAAUAAUCCCAAUAAUCCCUCAGGAAAAAUACCUAAUGAAGAUCAAAAUUCAAAUAAUAAAAAUGUUACAAUAGCGAUUGGAGUAAGCGCAACAUUAUCAUCAAUGAUAAUAGCAAUAAUAUUAGUAAUAUGGUUUAGACGUAAACGUAAUAAAACACAAUCAGGAGGACAUUUCUUUGAUACUAUAACAAGAAAUAUUGGAAAUGCUUUUAGUAGUAAUGGUGGUAAUUCAACAUCAUCGGAAGAAAAAAGAAUAUCAGUAUUAAAAUCUGGAUUAAUUAAAGGCAAUAAUUCUAAAACUAAUAGUAGUGGUAAUUAUUCAACGGAAUCAUCAAAUUUAGCAGUAAGAGAACCUAGUAAUAAUGAAGUUAUUGAUUUUGAUAAUAGAAGAACUAGUGGUGGUAUUUUUAUUACUAAAACUCAUUCUAUUAGUGUACAACAUGACAAU